CAGUUACCACGGAUUCAACCGUCUCCCUGCUCCGGUUAGUUACUACAAAAUGGCUGCAGACGCUCCGCCGCCGAUGAGAACCAACUGAGCGCUUCAAGCUGUGAAAAGAAGCAAAACACAAGAAGAAAAACAUUUGAUGGAAGAUAAGAAAAAGAAAAAACAAGAAGAGAAGAAAAAGAAAGAAGCUGCACAAAAAAAGACCACAGAACAGAUAACCAAAGUGCCAGACUCUGCCAAGCUCGACCCCACCCCUCCUCUUCUCCCCGCCAACCCCGGUGCCAUCCCACCCGUACCCCAAAGCAGUGGAAAUGGGAAGCGCGCCCCCUCCGGAUGCCAGCCGCAGACAGCACAGCAGUCGCAGACUUUGCUCCAGCAGCAGCAGCAGCAGCAGCAGCAGCGCUACCUGCCCAGAGAGGUGCCACCGCGCUUCCGCCAGCAGGAGCAAAAGCAGCUGUUGAAGAGGGGCCAGCCUCUUCCUCCCGGGACCCUGCCUCUCCUAACCACGAGAUAUCCCGACACUAGUGAAUCUGCAGCAUCAACAGUAGCCAUAAACCCCUCUCCAUCCUGUACCUCUUCCUCCUCAGCCAGCUUGCCCACAGUACUGCCCCCGCAUAGUGGCCAAGGAACCCAGUAUGAUAACCCCAUCUGGGGACACCUGCCAGCCAACAGAAGUGCCACAAGUGCUGCAUCUUCCACCAGUCCCAGUGGCUGGGAUCAACUGAUAAUUGACCAGAAGGACUCAGAGGCUUGGCCUUCUAUUACUCUCAGUCAGAGCCAGGAUUCUCCAGCAGGAUGCCCUUUGGACACUGACCCUGGUCACCUGACCACCAGCAGCAGUAGUUCAAGCAGUAGUUGUAGUGCAGUGAGUAUGGCCACAGGAGCCAAUAGUCAGACAGGCCACUUCGCUGCCAACCACCUUAACAGCAAAGCCAACAGUGGGCCUAGCCCUGUCAAUCAUACUGGAACCAGCAUGCUCUCAAGCCAGGUUGCAACCAAUCGCAGUUGGGGAUCUGGGCCAGGACCUUCUCAUUGCCCCCCUCAGUCCUCAGUGGGUAAUGAAGGAAAGUGCGAUAGCCCAGUAGGAGGAAGCAGCAGGGCCUGGGGUUCCUCUUCAUCAUCCUCCACCACCAACUUUAACUUGAACCUAAACCCUAAUGCCAACCCAUCUGCAUGGCCCGUGUUGGGGCAUGAUGGAGGAGGCACAGGGGGAGGCAGCUCAGGUGGAGCCAACACCAUUUCAUCUCCUCAACCUACACCUAAUCUCUGUAACACUCCUGGCCCCCCACCAGCCCAAACCAGUGCCUGUUCUGGAGCCAACAAUAACGGCAAGUCUUCUGGGAUUGGCAGCGCAUGGGGUACCAUAAUGACUUCUGAUGAAUCACACCUCACUCCAUCCACGAAUGUGUCUUUCAGUUCUGAACCUCAAAACCUUAAAACUGAUGGACCAAAUCAGACUAAAAAACAAGAACCUCCUAGCCCGAUCCAAAACUUGUCUGGUUGGGGCAGCUCACCUGUAGGCUUGGGUUCUAUGGGACAACCAGGGGGUUCACAGGUCAACGGAGAAGAUGGCAACUCUUUGUGGGGUAAUGGUGGCAAUUCAAAGCCAACUUCGUCAAAGGAAGGACCUGGCUGGGAUUCCGCUUGGGGAAAUGUGGGAGGUGGAACUGUAAAGUCUGGAGGCUGGAGUGAACAGUCCAGUGGGGACUGGGGGAAACAGCAUAGCGAAGAGGCCCAGGGAGGCUGGGAUGCGCCCAGCUCUCCUCCCCAGGACUCACAAGCCAAUACUUGGAGCAGAGCUGUGAGCACAGCUGGUGCCAGUGAAGGGAGCAGUGACAGCAUGGAAGGAUAUCCCCAACAGAAAGAUCGCCCAACCAGAGAAAAAACUGUUCCUAUGAUGCCUGCCCAGGAUCUGGACCCCAGGGUGCUGUGCAACACCGGCUGGGGUCAGACUCCUGUUCGACAGCACACAACCUGGGACAUGGACGAUUCUAAACGCAAGAAUGACGCUGGCACUGAUUCAUGGGGCUCUGGGCCUACAGCUCCAAGCAAUGUCCAGGGACCCUCAAACACUAACACGGGCCCCGCUCCGAGACCUGACUCUGGUAACAAAAAUGAUGUGCCUGGUUCACAGGGACCUUCUGGUUGGGGUGGAAGCAUGGCUGCUUCACAUGCAUCCAAUUCCGGUUGGGGAGACACACCCACCAAUGUAAAGCACCCAGUAGGGCAUAGUGGAUGGGGUAACACUCCAACAGGAGGCCCUUCCAACAGCAUACCCAAGAACGGGGCUCAAUCUUGGGGGGAGGAAAAAUCAUCUGGCUGGGAUGAUUCACAAGGCAAGUCAACAUCACAGAGCUGGGGAGAGCAACCCAAAACAUCCAACUCUUGGGGCAGCAGUGGAGGAAGCAAUAACACUGGGGACUGGGGAGAACCAGAAGAGAGUAAAAAGAGCUCCUCUGGCCCUGACUGGAAAGGAGAAUCAGGAAACUGGAAAGAAAACAAACGAGAUUGGGGAAUGUCAGGACAUGGAGGUUCUGGAGCUGGAAACAGCAGCAGCUGGGGUGACUCUGCACCACAGCGCCCAUGUGGUCCUCCUCAAGGCUGGAUGGGCAAGCCUCAGGAUGGGCCCAGCAGUAACAGCGGAGGAGGGACUAUGGGCUCUUGGGGUGGUCCCGGCUCUGUGAAGCAGGGUGCAUCGUGGGGUGGUGGUAAGAAAGAACCCUCAAAUGAAGCAACAGGGUGGGAAGAGCCCUCUCCGCCUUCAAUCCGUCGCAAGAUGGAGAUAGAUGAUGGGACCUCUGCCUGGGGUGACCCCGGUGACUACAAUAAAGCAGUCAACCUGUGGGACAGGAACAACCCAGGGACGGUCCAGGCUAAAGUUACUACAGGAGUUAGUAACCCUCCAGCUCCUAGCAAUAACCACCCCCACGCUCACAAUCACUCCUAUCAUGGGCCGCCUGCACCUUUACAGAACCAUAGCCAAAACGCUCAAAACCCAGGCCCUGCCAGUGGGGCUGCAGAUCCUUCAGUGCAACACCAGUCUGGAACACCUCACAUUAGGGGUCCUCUGAUAGCUCAAGGUUGGGGAGAGCUUCCCAGCUCCCACAUAAAAUCGGAGAGCUCUUGGGGAGAAGCGGCACCCUCUCCAGUCAGCGUGGAUAAUGGCACAUCUGCUUGGGGCAAACCGAGCGGAGGCGCCGGAGGCUGGGGAGAUGGCAACCCAGACAACUACGGCAGGAGCAACCCAGCGAUGACGGCAGCGCCCGGCAAACCUGCCUCCAAACCUAUGCAAGAUGGAUGGGGAGGAGGAGGUGAAGAGCUCAGCCUUUCAGGGGGUCAGUGGGACUCUGAGGAGGGAGACAUGUGGAACAGCACAGCCUCCCAGGAGAGCAACUCUUCUUGUAACUCCUGGGGCAACGCAUCCAAAAAAGGCCCACAGAAAGUAAAGAUCCCAGGGAAACAGGAGGAUGCCUGGAUCAUGAAACAGCUCAUCAAACAGCUCACAGACAUGGGCUUCCCUAGGGAUCCAGCAGAGGAUGCUUUGAAGAGCAACAACAUGAACUUGGAUCAGGCCAUGAGUGCCCUGCUGGAGAAGAAGACAGAGCUCGACAAGCGUGGGAUCGGGACUGGCGGCCACGACUACAACAACGGGCUCAUCAACAAGCCCAUGAGUUGCCCUCGGCCUUCACUUCUCUCCAAAGACCCCUCAACAGACCCUCGCCUGCCCUUCAUUGAUAAGCAGAUGCAGAGUGGAAUGUUUGGUGGUGGUGGAGCAGCACAAACCCGGGCCAUGCAGCAGCCGCAGCCGCCUCCUCAGCCACCAGUGCCGCCUCUCAGCUCCUCUCAGCCUAGUCUACGUGCGCAAGUGCCUCAGUUUCUCUCCCCUCAGGUUCAAGCACAGCUCUUACAGUUUGCAGCAAAAAACAUUGGUCUGAAUCCUGCACUUUUAACCUCACCAAUAAACCCUCAACAUAUGACCCUUCUGAAUCAACUUUACCAGCUGCAACUGGCAUACCAGCGUUUACAAAUUCAACAGCAAAUGUUGCAGGCACAGCGCAAUGUUUCUGGCCCCAUUCGACAACAAGAGCAGCAAGUUGCACGUACAAUCAAUAACAUGCAGCAGCAGAUCCAACAACACCAGCGUCAGCUGGCCCAGGCUCUGCUAAUGAAACAGCAGCAACAGCAGCAGCCAUCUCACUCUGGUCUGCAUCCUGGUGGGGCCAAAUCUUCCCUGGAUUCAUAUCCAGGUCACCCGCAGACUCCAGUCCUACCUGACCUGCAGACCAAAGAGCCGCAGUCAUCUCCCAACACCUACAGCCCCUACGCUCUCUCUGGACUGAAUCCAAACUGUAUUGAUGUGGGAAGCCUUCCUAUGAAGGACCCACCGCUACCGCAGUCCCGGCUGUCACAGUGGACACACCCUAACUCCAUUGAAAGCCUUUCUGGAAACUCGUCUCCUCUUGAGCCCAACCUGGGAAAACAUGGUGCCAACCUCGGCCCACCUGGAAAGCCUCCUCAGAUAGACGACUCCUACAACCCCUACAACCUGAUAUCAAGUUCAGAGUCUCCGACCAGCCCCUUGGUUCCUCCAGAGAGCUGGGGUCAGGGCAAGAACAGCAGCGACAAGAUGGCCAACGGAACCAAUAUCAACUGGCCUCCAGAGUUUUGUCCUGGUGUACCCUGGAAGGGUCUGCAGAACAUCGACCCUGAAACCGACCCCAAUGUGACUCCAGGCAGCGUCCCCAGUGGACCUACGAUCAACACCAACAUCCAAGAUGUCAACCGUUACCUGCUCCGGGACAGAAGUGGAGGCUCCUCUCCCAUCUCAUCUCAGAGCGAGGCUCUGCCUUCGUCCACCGAUUGGCCAGUCAGUGCCUACAGUAGCUCGUUCAGUCUUUCUUCCCCGGAGAUGGACGACGCAGGCAAACUGUCAGAGAUGAAAUCAACCUGGUCUCCAGGUCCCAUCUCUCACAGCCAGGCGUCUCUGUCCCACGAGCUUUGGAAAGUUCCCCAGGGUCCGCGGAGCAGCACCACGGCUCCUUCCCGCCCCCCACCCGGCCUCACGAACACGAAGCCCUCCUCCACCUGGGGCGGGAGCUCCCUGGGUCUGGCCCAAGGAUGGAGCAGCUCUUACACCACAGCAGGUACCACAUGGAGUACGGACAGCUCCACCAGGACCAGCAGCUGGCUGGUUCUGAGGAACCUAACGCCACAGAUUGACGGUUCCACUCUGCGUACGCUGUGCAUGCAGCACGGCCCCCUCAUCACAUUCCACCUCAACCUGACGCAGGGAAAUGCUGUGGUUCGCUACAGCUCCAAGGACGAAGCCGCCAAAGCUCAGAAGUCUCUGCACAUGUGUGUGCUGGGGAACACCACCAUUCUAGCAGAGUUUGCCGGGGAAGAGGAGGUGAACCGCUUCUUUGCACAGGGUCAGUCGCUCGGCGGGACGACCAGCUGGCAGGCCACCCCGGGAACCAAUCAGACCAGAAUGGGCGGCUCCGGAUCCGGAGUUGCUCAUCCCAUUGGUCACUCACCCCACUGGAACAACAACAACAACAGCGGCGGCGGUGGCGGCGGCGGCAGCAGUGGCGGGCUCGGAGCAGGCGGAACUAAAACGGGCGGGGAGUUGCUCUGGGGAGGCGUUCAGCAGUAUUCCAGCCUGUGGGGACCCCCGAGCGGCGAGGAGGGACGAGUCAUGGGGAGCCCCACGCCAAUCAAUACGCUGCUGCCUGGCGACCUGCUGAGUGGAGAGUCCAUGUAGGAGGAAAAACUGACAAAGAGGAGCAAAAACCUUGCAAAUCAGUGUGGAGAUAAUCAAGUGUGGAUGUGAAGAUGAGGAGGAGAGACGAGAGGAGGACAAGGCUUCAUAUUCGCUGCUUGGCUUUGUCCGCCUCCUCUGCUCUAUUUUUUUUUUUGUCACAUUUUUUGCGUGUGUUAAACGGCAUUUCAGUCGCAGUUAUUUUGUGAGUGUUUCGGAUCACAGCGUUUCAUUUAUCAAAGAACAAAGAAAAAAAAACAUUUUACAGAAACAAGCGGGGAAGUCGUUGUUUUAAACAAACUCGAGUCAACUGACAUGGCGAAAAACUGCCAUCUUUAUUCUGGUGGGAUCCCUCACUGCCUUUUCAGGCAAUCAUAAUGCACCUCAGAGAUCCAUGGACAAAGGCGUCAUUCCCAAAGUUCUAACAAAACCCUUCAAUCAGAGUGGGUGUCGCACGGUCAGCCGGUCCAGACCCAACAUUUGUUUCUGUCAGCACUAAUAUUAGCCUUAAACUGUUUCCUGCCCUGCUAUCCACACUCACUCUUUACUCGGUAAAGAAGCUUACGGAGAACUUGCACACCCUUAUUUCUGAGCCAAUGAAACCUGAGUGGAAAGUACAUGCUGCUGCAGCUCACGACGUCAGUGCAUUUUCAGUUUUUUAUUUUUUUUUCCUCCACAGUCGUAUCAACACAUCGCUCAAAGGGAAUGAUGCAACUUUGUUCGCCUUGCUCAAGCCAUUUAUUUUUGUAGUAUUUUUUUAUGAUUUGUUUUUUUUAACCAUUGCAAACAAAGCUUAGAAAAUUAUGUUUUUCAAAUGUGUCUGUCAACCGUAUCUGGUGGGUGGAUGUACAUAUGAUGAGAUGAACCACUGCUAAUACAAAGGAACUGUAAAAAGACAAACACGAUGAUGCACCUCAGCCUUUCUAUGGGCUCUUUUAUGUUUUGGGUUUUUUUGCAGUUUGGUGUCAGACUGUCUCAGUGACAUUUUGAGAAAAAUUACAAAAAAAAGAACUCAAAUUGUUCCUUCCCCCCCUCCGCCACGCGCCCACUCCGCCUGCAAAACCCACCAUUUCAAGCGACGUGCAAUAUAAGCCACAGACUCUACCGUCCAAGCACCCUACGACUGAGAGCAGACUGUAAGGAAAGAGUGAACUGCGAACACUUUAUCUGCCCUCAGAAAGAGAGGAAAAAACUGCCACUACUACCCUUUAUCUCCCCUUAGAGAGAGUGUGAACUCAGGAGAGUAGCAAGCUGGUCUUCAACCAUUUUCUGUCCAAGACACAAGGACUUCGAUACAAAGCACUUCUUCAGCCAGCCACCUCUCCAUAAGACUUGUAUGUGUGAUUUUAUGUGUGUGUGAGUGUGUGUGUGUUUGGGAAGAAGGCAACAAACCAAAUUCAGAGGAGCUUGUUUUCUUUUCCCCUCACCCAGAAGACAAGAUCACUUUUUUUUGUCCAUAUUUGCUUCGGUUUUAAGAAAGAAAAAAAAAAAAAAAAGAGGCAAAAACUUGUGAAUAGGUGGUCUGUCAUAGCACUUAACGAGAGCGCCGCUGCUCCUUAUACCCUCAAUGCCAACGAACAGAAGAAAGGUGAAGCAACACUGGCAAAUAAAAACUGCAAAAAGACUUCAAAGCAAUCUGCUCAGUGGCUUCUCUGUGUACUUAUUUUUUAACGUAACAUGGAUGUGAACUUUGUUUUUCCUUCUUAAGUCAGUGGGACCAGAGGAUGUCAAACACAGUAGCAAAGUGAAGGGAAAUGCAAAGAAAACUCAAAGCGCUCAUCCUCACCUUCUCCUUUUUUUUUUUUUUUAUAUAUAUCAAAGUAAACAUCACUGUUAACAUUGCAACUUUGAGAACUUUUUACGCCUUGGUGUCUGGGAUCGUUCAGCUGGAUCCGGCAGGGAGGAUCGCCGUCUCGUCCUUGUUUUUGUGUUUUUCUUUUUGGAGGCCCAGCCAACCAGUGUGAUAGUGUGGCCACUGAGUGCCUGCCUGCUGCAGAGAGCAGAGCUGCAGCAGCUCUCACCUUUCCCUCCCCGUCGCCACCUCCUUCGCCUGCCCUCCUCCCUGCUGAUCUCUCCUCCGACUUUGCGCCGGGAGGAGCUCGGAAAUUACUACUACUACUGCUACUAUGUCGGAGCAUGUCCUCAGCAAGCACCACUUCCACUGUCUGUCUUUCUCCUGCAAACAUCACUUUAGUCAAAGAUCAAAGUCAUUUGAGUGUUUUGGGGUUUAUCUUCUGGUUUGUACUUAACUGAAUUGCCAUGAUGCAUUUAUGUUAUUGCUGAAGUUGUUGCUGAUACGCGUGGGUCAGGAGGUUCUCAACCUUGGAGAAAAAUACUACGGUUUCACAGUAUCAAGGUACUACCAAAAGCUCCCACAACAAAAAAUGUGUAACAAGUUCCAGAUGCUCUUAUUUAAACCAGAAAAGCAGUAAUUAGACCUACCUCUGCAAAAACAAAAGUAUAUUUUAGCCAUAAUUAGAAAUUACGGCUACGCAAUGUUUAGAAAACAGAAAAUUUUAACUUUUACUGCUGAAUGUUGGGAUCAAUUGGAGACGACUUGUGUUUUCCCAUCAUUGUCCCUGAGUUUGAUCAUCUCUUUCAAUAAGACCUAUCUGUAUAUAUUGGCAUGCAGCGUGUGGUCGCAUUUCAUUUAACUCACCAAAUAAUGCAUUCAGCCUGUCCUUUACGAUUGCAGUUUCGUAUCGUAUUAUGGCUCCAAUUGCAAUUUGAAAUGUUGUGCAGCUCUGUUGUAUUUUCUACAAUAUAAAUUCCUUUUUAUUCCAAUGUAGACCUCAGAAAAUAUUUACCAACUAAAUUCAGUUGUAAACUGUCUUAUUAUGCAGAAUAUUGAACCACUUUCAUUCUACUUCAACUGUAACAAGUUUAUAUUAGUCGGGCUAUCGGAUCUGGUACCUAGCUUAAAGCUACCUGCCUGACAGUUACUUUUAGCUUGUACUUUACCAGCAAUAAUGUACUUCUAUUAAUGAUGAACGUUUCUGUGUUCAUACUAUACUAAGCCAGAGAAAUGCAGCCUCAUGGGGGACGUUAAUGCGCUGGUUUGUACACUAAACUCUAAACAUUUUCACGAUUGAGCAAACUGGGUUGUAUGAAUUAAGCCUUAAUAAGACUGAUGGGUGGCUCUCCUUUAGUCUCCAUACUUGGUCUGUCUGUAAUUUCUGCAACCAGACAUAUUUUCUAACAGUCGAAUUUUUCUCUUGUCUCAGCAUUGGAAAGAUUUAGUGGACAACUUUUAUUCAGCUGAUGGCACUGCGCAGCAACAAGCAGGGGAGGGGCAACGCUGUUAAUCAAUGCUCUAUACGGAAAACACUGGUCACUCCUGCGCUUCCUCUAGCAUGUCAUUAAGAUGACUUUUUACACUCCAAUCGUACCUUGAUACUGGAAACCAGUCCAUGCCUCGCUUCUGAUUGUUUAUGAUGAUCAUUUCUUUGCUUUCAAAUACUGGUCUUUAUGCAGUGUUCAGCAUCCCUGCCGUCCCUUCCUGCCGCCUCCCGAGCAGAACCGGCGCCCAGUCCCACCGGUACGCCUCAGCAGGGCGGCUAAAAGCGUAAUGGGACCUGCGUGCGGUCGGCGUGCGUGAACGGGCUUCACUCACGUUGAACUCUGGGAGCGCUCUGUCACACUUAGAGUCACCUCGACUGACAGCAAGCCUUCCAUUUCUAUGCAAACGACAAAAGGAGGUGUUUGUCCGCAGCCAUCCUCUACAUCUGCCAGUCUCCACUUCUCCUCUCACAACUUGUACUACCAGGCAGCUUCUCCUGAAACCUCACUGGGUUUAAAUGUAGGGGACACUGAAAGAGUCCCACUUCUCUUUAGAUUGACACUAAACCUGCUGGAGACACUAUGUGUUGCCCGUCACUCCUUCAGGCUGGUGCCAACAGGAUCGCUGGUAUCUGCUUCCAAUUUCUCACAUUGUCAUUUAUGUUAGAUUAAAAGAGUCAUUGCUGCUGGGGCGUACCCAUGGGGUCGCUGGAGAAGCAGAAGGGCAGGACAGGUGAUGCUGGUCUUUGAGGAACAGUGGACUGGAAUAUAUAUUUUUUUUAUUUUUUAGCAGCUGCAGUAGGAGGAGGAGAUGGGAAGGGGGUCCGAGGGAGGUCCCUGUAUGUGUCUGUGCACUGUUUAUGGGUCACAUCGGGUACAUCUCUUUAAAAACCAAAAACAUUAUUUUUUUUUUAUCAUCAAGAUUUUCACAAAACCUAGAAACUACAAAAAAAAAAAAAAAGAGAAGGAAAAAAAACAAAGCUGCGCCCUCAGAAGCUGAGACGCACCUCAAGUUUGGUACCAAGUCUUAAAAAAACAUAAAAAAAAAAAAAAAAAACUUUGGGGAUUUGCCCUCUUCCAGAGUCGCCUUGGACGUGCGUCGUUCAACAAAAAGAAAAAAAGAAAAGGAAAAAAAAAAAACAAUCACUUUUUGCCUGUGCUGUUUGUUCGUGAGAUUGUUCCUGAAAACCUGCAUUAAUGAACUCCACACUGGACUUUAAUCAUGGAGCUGGUGUUGAAGUUGAGGGGUGGGGGAAAGUGGGUCAGGGGGUCGACUCUCGGAUGUGGAUUUCUCGGCGCAGCACCAGCACUGACAGCCUCUCUCCCACAUCCUCAUCUGCACUCUUAUCUACCUGUAAAGUGUCGGAAAUCGGAUGCUCUCCCUACUUUUUACAUGUUUUUAUUUUAUUAUUAUUAUUAAUUUUGAAGGCAACUGGAGCUCGAGUAAAACCUGCUUCAUAAUCACAAAUCAGACAUGAGUCUGAGAAGGGACCCAAGAAAUCAAAGGACUGGGUUGAAUAUGCACAUGCUAGCUCAUACACAGUAUACAACCAAGAGUACAUAAUGGAUGUGUGUGGCUAGACUUGACCUGUUUUCCCACUUUUACUCCCCUUGCUUCAUCCUUUGCCAUUUGUUCCCCAGACGACGAGAUCAUAAACAUAUCAGAGUAAUACAGAAUAAUGAGAACAAAUACUUGAAUCAAAAAAGAUGCGCCAAUAAUGUAAUGUGAACACUUUUCUUUAUUAUUGUUAUUAUUAUUAUUCGUCUGAUUCAUACACUUCGGAGAUUUUGACAGCGUCUGUUCAGAGUUACUAAAAUUUGAAAUGUCUGAAAACAAAGAUUGAUUAUUAAGGCAAAUUUUACAUCUUAUCAGAGUGUUUGCACAAGGCUGCUUGUACUGUAUGAAUGAAUGUCUGUCAGGUGUAAAAACACGUACAGGUGCAUUUUGGUACUCUGGAAGGACAUCAAAACUAAAUCGAACACAGCUUUAUUGUGCGGUGAUAAUUUCUAUUUGUUUAUUUCUGGUCAUUUUGAUGGUUGUUUUUAAGUGCACACUUUGACUAGGCCCUUUCAAGGUCCUCCCAAGAUUACCGUCUUGAACACAAGUCCACCCAAUGUUGUUCGCUGACGUCCCGAAGCCUUAGAAAUGUCUCUGUGUCCCUUUCCAUAUUGUUAGUUUGAGGUCUUUUUAGCCUAUGUUUCGCUCUCAGAAAGGUACUGGUUAAGUAAAUUUGAACUCAGCUUUCCAAAAAGAUGGUUACUAACAGUCAUUAUUUGAGAGAGGAGUGAUUAUUUUGUCACAUAUACUCAAGAUUUGAAGACUGCUUUUGUAUUUCUUCAGUUUACGUUUGUCACUUUGAAAUUUGAGUGGAAGGAAAAAGUACAAUAUCAAUAGGGAGAAUUCCCUGGUACUCAUAAUGAUCAAAAUGAACAUAAAUAAGCACCAAACUCAUAAAUCUGUUAGUUUCACUUCUUUAAUCAUAAACAGAAAUAGACUUUUUGAUGCCAUUCUGAUUUAUUGAGAUGCACCUGUAUGAGAGCUUGUGAUUACUGCGGAGAACGUCCUCCGCCUCGUAUUUCUUUUCAUUUCAGUAUACUUUUUUUUUUCUUUUUCUUUUGCUUAACUAUAUUGAAACUAUAUUGUAAUGUUGUAACUAGCCUCUAGCGUUGCACUGAGUGUCGGCCUCGCCCCUCGCCCAGCUACAUGAACAACAUGAUACAAGUACUGAAAGGGAGUCGGGGGGACAGUUCACGUGUAAAUGUUUACUCAAGGACUAAAAUAUGUGUGUGUGUGUGUGUUUUAUUUUUCUUAUGUAAUGUUUUAUCUACCUUAGUGGCUUUCAUUGUGGAAUAAUCCAAGAAAGUAUGGAUCAUAAUUGAGUAUUGCACCAUUUUUCAGACUGUAAACUUUAAAAAGAAAGAAAAAAUCAUAUAUGAAAAAAAAAAUUAAAAAGUACAGCAAAAACAAAAAAAAAAAAAGAAGAA